UCACCCCAUUAGGGGAAGGAGGAAAUCAGGGAGCUGGAUAUAAAGGGCAGCACUUACAGACCCAAUCAACUAACUGAUCCAACAGCCACCAUGCUGCUGCUACUGGGCCUAAUGCUGCUCUACUCAGCCGACUGCGCAGAUCUGCCAUGUACGGCAAUGCCUGGGUUAAUGAAACAGCUGGAUGCCGGUAAUGGGGAACUCUGUGGUGUUACUGACAAUGGAAAUAUUUUCCGCUGGACUAACCAAAACUGGGUUCAGCUUCCAGGACAGAUGAGGCACGUGACUGUGGGACCAGCUGGACUCUGGGCAGUCACCCAAGACUACAACAUUUACAAUAUGCGGGACAACAACUGGGUUCAAGUAACAGGACUCUUACAGCAGAUUGACGCUGGAGGAGACAAGUUCCUUGUUGGAACCAAUUUCAAUGAUAAUGUUUUUUGCGUGAAUCAGGAUGCCAUUGAUUCCAAGGCUACUUCUCUUCCAUGGUCCAGCCUUGAUAGGACACUCAGGUAUUACAGCUGUGGCCCCCUGGGCUGCUGGGGAGUCAAUAGUGACAAUCAGACCUUUUACCGCUACAGUGUGACCCCAACCAAUUGCCUGGGCAGCCAGUGGAGUCAGGUGGAUGGCAGCCUGGUCAUGGUUGAGGCUGGUACUGACGGAUCUGUCUAUGGUGUGGACCCUGAAGGCAAUGUCUACAAGAGGGAGGGAAUCUGCCCUAAGAACCCGACAGGAAUCUCAUGGACUCAGCUGGAUCUCUGCAGCAGAAUUAAACAUGUCAGUUACGAUGCCGGAUACCUGUAUCUUGUAACCCAGAUGGGGCAUGUACUUAAAUGUGCUUUGCCUGAAUCCAUGGCAGCAAAUCUCUUGUAACCCCCACCCCCAAUAAAAUAUAAAACUGUAUUUCUCUAGAAUGUAUAAACACUGGAGGUGUGUGUGUGUGUCUGUGAUAUACUACAUUUCCCCUUGUUUACUCCUUCCCUUUUUUAGAACCUGAUGCAUUAAUGUUUUUAUAGGUGAAAUGUUCCUUUUAUUGUUGUUAAAUAAAACACAGUAAAUACUUG